UGUGCAUAUUGUGUUUGUGUGUGUAGAUAUAUACAUUAUACAUUUAUAUAUAUUAUAUAAGUAACGCUACCGACGGCUUAACCGAUAUUCCGUGCCCGUCGCUGUUGCAGUACACAAGUCUGUUUUGACUAAACAAUUUCCGUUACUCAAGCAAAACCUCAACAGCCUUAAAAAUGGCAAUCACAAAAAUCACCAUGAUCAAGUUUCUGGAAGUGGCUUUGGUGGUCAUCAUUUUCGCCCUGCAUUACAACAGUUUCCCGGGCGGCGAUGUCACCUCCAUCAUGAUCACCACUGGAACGUAUGUCGGCUACGUCAUCAUCUUGGCGGGUAUCUUCAUCGGUCUGUUCACCGGCACCCCGAUCAGCGCACGAUUGGACAUGUUCUACGUGUUGAUCGGCGCUGCCCUUUACAUCGCCGCCGGUGUUAUGUCCUACAACUAUUUCAACAAUCAACUGGUGAAAACGUCUUACGUCAACACCGGUAUGACCAAAGCUUGGUUGUCCAUCCUUAACGGAGUCGUGUUCGUCGUCGACGCCGCCUUCACGUACCGCGGAGAAUAAGUCCUCAAGUUUUUUUUAAAUGUUUAAUAUACAUGUAACGAGCCUUUAGGAGGUUAUUAUUUAUUGUCCAUCGAGAGAAGUCACCAAAAUAUCUUUUAUUUUUCUAUCAUAUUAUUUGUAUUCUAUCUUUUUUUUUUUAUCACUUUUUUGCGUGCAUCGUUACGUUAUUAUAUACUUUAAGCAGCCCCUCAAACUUUGCAUCUUCGCAGCUGUUUUCUUAUUGUAUUCGUUUGUUUGCCACCACAACGGAAAACUGUAAAUAUAAAUUAUUAUAAUUUUUGAUACAAUCUGUAAAACAUAACAUUACUCCCGUGUACCUGUUUGUAUAUUUUAAUUUUUUUUUUUGCUAAACAAAAUAUAUAUUACAAGCAUUUUCUUUUUUUUUCUAUGUUAAGGGGGCUCCAUACAGACCAUUUUUAAGGAGUUUUGUAUAGGCAAUAUUUAAGAAAAAAUUGGCCUAAAUAAAUUUCGACCAUGUCAAUAAAUUUACCUGUUAAUUUGUAUAAGCUUCAUGGUAUUAUUUUUAAUUUAAAUCAUUUUGUCUAUGAGUAAAAGCUAUUUUAGUAAAUAUAAUAUACAUUUUUUGUUCCAUCGCACAGGCACAACCAGUGAUCCGAUAAGUAAUAUAAAAACAGAUUUGAAUUCGUCAUGAAAUUUACUUGAUGUAUUAAACACGUUUGGACAUUUUAUAAAAUAUCAACAUUUUAAAAUAAAAUUCAGAAAGGGUUAAAAUAAAAAGUUGAAACAAGUACCUCGACCGAUCCUAAGUAAACUUGACGAAUUCGAAUCUGUUUUUAUAUUGUUUAUCGGUUCACUGGAUUGGGCCUGUGCGAUAAAAUGAAAAUUAUGUGUUUUUACUGAAAAAAUGGUCUGUAUGGAGCCCCCUUAAGACUAUUUUUCGUAUUUUAUAU